AAAACUAUUUAAAUUACUAAAAUGGAACAAGACUUGAAACGCAAUUUGAGCAUGGAAGUUGAGUUUGCUGAGAAUGGUCUUACGCGAGACAAACACGUUAGUUGAGACAGACUGUAUCCAGAUAAUGCAAAUAAUGAUGAGAACAAGACCUUCAGAGCCUUCAAGCUCACAAUGAUGAUGAUAUUGUUAAAUGUUUGCCUAUUUGCAUGCCCUUUUCUCUUAUACCUGUAUUUUAAUACGAUGAAUGCAGAGAAUAGACAUCAGGUUUUGGACUUUGUAAUUGUUGUCGGAGGCAUUCUAGCAAUUAUGCUGUUAUGUAGAUUGGGAGAUUUGUCGAAGGGAAGACCCAAUUUUUACUAUAUUUAAUAGUUAUAGUUAUCCAAAAACCUUGGCUUAAAAUUCAAAACAUGCCUUUGUAUUCGGUUUAAUUUUUGAGUCAAAAAU